CAAACAUGUCUUCGUUUUCGGACAGCAAUCUCGCUAAGAAAUUAAACGAAUUAAAUGGCACACAGCAAAGUAUACAGACGCUAUCUCUGUGGCUGAUCCAUCACAGAAAGCAUUCCAAAACGAUUGUACAAGUUUGGCUUCGAGAACUGAAGAAAGUAACUCCGCCACGACGACUUAUCUACAUUUAUCUCGCCAAUGAUGUCAUACAGAACAGUAAAAAGAAAGGACCAGAAUUUACACAUGAUUUUGGGACGGUUAUGGCAGAAGCUUUUACUACAGGAUACAAGGAUGCUGGAGAAAAGCAGAGAGGAUCUCUUGACAGAAUUCUCAACAUUUGGGAAGACCGCGGUGUAUAUACGAAAGACUUUAUGAAGAAUCUCAGGCAGGGAAUAGCAAGUGGACAGACAGCUGCACAUACUGCACAUAUAAAAGAUGUAUUCAAGGAGGACAUAUUAGCACCUAGAAAGGAACCGAAUCCUAAAGAGGUGGCCCCAAAGGAGGUGAUUCCACGUAAGAGGAGAAGAAAAGAUGAACCAGAACAGACAUCAUUGAAACAAGAGCUUGAUGCAAUGAAGCAUGAUGAGCUAGCCACCCAUGAUAAUGAGUCAUUGAUAAAGCGUCUCUCAGCAUUGGAGAACUCGGCAUCGUGUGAUGCAGCUAUCAGGGAAAAGAUUGCAAAGUUACCACCGGAGGUCUCAGAUAUAUCACAGUUAGCUAAACUGCAUGAUAAGGAUUCUGCCCGCCGUCUUUCAAACACAGUAGACAAUGCCUGUGUUCUGCUCACAGACUACAACAGAAGACUGGCAGAAGAGUUAGACGAGAGGAAAAGUGUGGCAAAAUUGUUACGGGCUUUCAUAAAUACACAGACUGAACAGCUAGGUCAUGCUGAAAAACGUCUACAGGAGUACAAGAACAAACUAGCAAAGGUGAAUGUGGUCAGACAUGAAUUAAAGUCACAUAUUCAGAACUUACCAGAUAUUUCACGACUACCAGACCCAUUAGCUGGCCUGGCACCUCUACCCAAAGUCAACGACCUCUUCGGACAUUGA